UCUUUCGCAAGACUUCUUUUGCGACACCGCAGUUCUCUGACGUUCUGGCCACGCCUAUGCUGCAGUUCUGACGCCAACGGCCGACAAGGAACCCGUUUUUUUUUGUGUUUGCGAAAACCCGGUGAAACCUGCCCAACCACAAAUCAGAUCAAUCAGCCGCAACGGACUUGUCCCCCGAAGGCCAGCAACAACCCGGAGGUACUGUCGUGUGAAGGGUAAAAAAAUAAAAAUAAAAAAUAAAAAAAAGGAACCCACCGGAACUUGCCAUUGAAAAAGGGCCGCGCAUAUCCGAACAAAGCACCUCCUCCCCUCUCCCCUUUCUUUUCUUCUUAUUCUUCUCUUGUAUUCAAAUGAGCAGACGAUUUCCCCUCACACCCUUAAUAAAUAACAAUUUUUCACAACACAGACCGUCAAAGUUAAAAACGCCUCUAGUCCUAGCACGGCCGCAUAGGACUUGUCGACACCUCGGCUCAUAUUACUCCGCGCCCGCACAAAUUCAAAGCCGAGCCGGCUCCUUACACACAAACACACACAACCCUACUGCUACCGUUUUAUGAAGUCAGGGCCAGUCGAGGGCCAUAAUAAACACUACAAAUACACACCACCACCUUAACUCUAAUAACUUUAUGACUUCAAGCCAACUUCGUGUCCCCCCCCCCAACAACACCUGCAUUCCUCUUUGCAUUAGCGGCACACGCCGUCUCGCUACCAGCCAACGUUCUCUUCACACAUCAGCACCCCACCACGACCUUCAAGGUUUCAUCACACCCAUUACCUCCAAAAUGGCAGCAACACUCUCAACCUGCGGCAUAGCCACACCCCCUUCAAGACCCUCAAGAGUACCCAGCACUCUGGGCUCAAAACCUUCGCGUAUGAAUGAUCCAGAUGUUAUCAUCAACACACUCAAGGACGUCGUCCUACCUGCUGUCGCCUUGUCGGCACAGCACGUGGAGAAUGCCCAAGUCCCAUCCCCUGAUCCGGAACCAGAAGAUAUGUACAUCGGCUCAAUAGACCAGGGUACUACUUCUUCGCGCUUCAUCAUCUUCAACCGUGCCGGCGAGCCCGUCGAGGCGCACCAGAUUGAGUUUGAGAACCGCUAUCCAAACUCGGGCUGGCACGAGCAUGACCCAAUGGAGUUGCUCUCCAGUGUUGAGGAGUGCAUAGAAGAGGCCAUGAUCAAGUUCACCUCGACAAGGCCAGGUGCCAAGAUUCAGUCGGUUGGCAUCACGAACCAGAGAGAAACAACUGUUGUUUGGGACACGGAGACUGGCGAGCCGUUGUACAAUGCUGUAGUCUGGCCUGACACCCGCACCUCGCCCAUAGUCCAUGAACUGCGCCAAAAGCCGGGUGCAGAGGAUCUGUUGGAGCUGUGUGGCCUACCUCUGUCAACCUACCCCUCCUCAGUCAAGCUCAUGUGGUUAUUGCGCAACGUAGAGACCGUCAAGGCUGCUUACGACGCCGGCCGACUCGCUUUCGGUACUGUUGACUCGUGGCUAAUUUAUCGUCUGACGGGUAAAUCCGUGCAUGUUACCGAUGGUUCCAAUGCCAGCCGCACCAUGUUUAUGAACCUGCGCAGCAUGUCGUACGACGAAAAGCUGCUGUCAUUCUUCGAGAUUGACCCCACCAAGGUCCGGCUACCUGAGAUCGUCCCCUCUGCACACCCCACCGCCUUUGGAAAAUUCGCCUCCGGUCCCCUCAAGGACGUCAGGAUAGCAGGCUGCCUGGGCGACCAGUCCAGCGCCCUGGUUGGCCAGCGCGCCUUCGCCUCGGGCCAGGCCAAGAACACAUACGGCACGGGCUGCUUCCUGCUGUACAACGUCGGCCCGGAGCCCGUCAUCUCAAAGGCCGGCCUGCUGGCCACGGUGGCCUACGACUUUGGCGAGGAGCUGGGCGGCCGCGCCUACGCCCUCGAGGGCAGUAUCGCCGUCGCCGGCAGCGGCGUCAAGUUCCUCUCCAACAAUCUGGGCUUUGCGCCGAGCAGCGGCGAGAUCACGGACCUGGCGAGCAGCGUCGAGGACAAUGGCGGCGUGGUUUUUGUGACUGCUUUCAGUGGCCUCUUUGCGCCUUAUUGGAUCGACGAUGCCAAAGGAACACUUUUCGGACUCACGCAGCACACCCAAAAGGGCCACAUCGCGCGAGCCACGCUCGAGGCGACGUGCUACCAGACCAAGGCGAUCCUGGACGCCAUGGAGCGCGACAGCGGACGCAAGCUGGAGCGCCUGGCCGUCGACGGCGGCAUGUCCAACUCGGACCUGUGCAUGCAGACCCAGGCCGACAUCGGCAACAUCCCCGUCGACCGGCCCGAGAUGCGCGAGACCACGGCCCUCGGCGCCGCCAUCGCCGCCGGCCUGGCCACGGGCGUCUGGAAGAACAUCUCAGAGGUCGUCGAGGUCGGCGGUCGCAACAGGUCGCAGUUUCUGCCGUCUCCUGACCGCGCCAAAGCUCAAAGAAUGUUUAAGAAGUGGGAGCAGGCUGUCGAGAUGAGUAGGGGUUGGUUGAGGGAAGGUGAAGAAUAACUCAAUACAAAGUUGAGAAACGAGGGGUGGUUGUUGGGACACAGAACUUGAGUGACAGAUAAUUGUCUUUUGGCUUUUUUUUUUCAUUUUCUAUUGGGCUAGCGGGAGUUGGCUUGCGCAUUUUUGGUUUAAUAGCUUUAGAAAAAAGACCAUGGCAUGUUGCUUGGUACUUUUUUUUACAAAUUAAUCGACACGCUUUAAUCAGCGAUAUUUCCA